AUGGUGAACGCGAACUACAUCCGCGCCGGCCGUCUGGUGCGCAUCAUCCGUGGCCCCCGUCAGGACCGCGUCGGCGUCAUUGUUGACAUCAUCGACAGCAACCGCAUCCUCGUGGAGAACCCGUCCGAUGAGAAGAUGUGGCGCCACGUGCAGAACCUGAAGAACGUCGAGCCGCUCAAGCUAAACGUGCCCAUCAGCCGCAACUGCAGCAGCAAGGCGCUCAAGGAGAAGCUCGCGGAGAAGAAGACGCUCGAGAAGUACGCCGUCACGAAGGCCGCCACCCGCAUCGCCGCGAAGAAGGCCCUCGCCACCUCCACCGACUUUGAGCGCUACCAGCUCCGCGUGGCGAAGCGCUCUCGCGCCUUCUGGACGCGCAAGAUGUUCGACGAGAACGACAAGAAGAACCCCGUCUCGUGGCACAAGGUGGCGCUCAAGAAGCUGCUGAAGAACGCCAAGAAGAUCGACAGCAAGCCGGCGGCCAAGAAGCGCAUCGAGAAGGCUCGCGCUGCCCGCAAGGCGAAGGCACCCAAGGCGGCGAAGGCGUGA